CAUUCUCAGAUAUAGAUAAAGACAAUACGUAUUAUGAAAUAUCUAUCGGUCCCAAGGAUGUUUGCACCAUACCUAAAGGACAAGUUGUACCAUAGUAUUACGAGGAAUGAAGAACAGACCUUAGUCAAAUUUUCCUUGUCUUUGUACCUAAAAUCGAUGUUGCAGAGAGAUGUCUCCGAUAACCACCGUCGUAAUGCAGGCAUUCGUGAUGACGACAUCGACAACAGCGAAAAUGGAGGCACAAAUGGAUACAGUGGCACAAACAGAAAUGACAGCGGAUACUAUUGUGGUGCAAAGGCUCUUGGAGUGUCUAGCGGUUACAAUGACGCUGGUGGGCCUGCAAACAAUCGAAUAAGCAUCUGUUGCACUUAAGGUUACAAAGAAAACAAAAACGCGGGUAAUUCCUAAACACAUCUCGUAGUUUAUUUCCAAGGAGUGAGGUGGGAAGGAAGUUCACGCAUUCAUCUGCUGUUUUCACUGUUUCUGCGCAGCCAUUGUAUAUAUACAAGUACUAUCUACAGAUAUAUAUAUGUAUAUUAUACUAUACUAU